AUGGCCAGCCGACUCCUUCUGCGUCCAACCGCCGCCUCCAGCCAGGUACUCGGGCUCAAACAGGCCCGGGGAUUCGCCUCAGUCUCCCCCGUCUCCCCAGCACGCAACCACAAAGUGGUCGUCGUCGGCGGCGGGUCAGCCGGCCUCGCCAUCUCCCACCAGCUCCUCCGCACCAACAAAUUCACCCAAGACGACAUCGCCAUCGUCGACCCCGCCGAGUUCCACCACUACCAACCCGGCUGGACCCUCGUUGGCGGCGGUCUCAAAGACAAAACCUCUCUCCGUCGCCCUUUGGCCUCCCUCCUCGAUCCCAAACUCAAACUGUACGCUGAGCCGCUGGCUACGUUCACUCCGGAGGAUAAUUCCGUCACCCUUGGAAGCGGCGCAAAGUUAACCUACGACCAGUUGGUGGUCGCACCCGGGAUCAAGGUUGAUUUGGCUAGUGUGAAAGGCCUCCCCGAAGCCGCCUCCAACCCCUCCGCCAACGUCUCCACCAUCUACAACUUCGACACCGUCUCCAAAACCUUCCCCACCAUCCAGCGCCUCACCAGCGGUCAAGCCAUCUUCACCCAGCCCGCAGGCGUCAUCAAAUGUGCCGGCGCGCCGCAAAAGAUCAUGUGGCUCGCCCUCGACCACUGGAAGCGCGCGGGGUUGUACCAGCCUAACGCCUCCGAAUCACCGAUUAAGAUUGCGUUUGCGACGGGGUUGCCCGUGAUGUUUGGCGUGCCGAAGUACAGUGCCGCGUUGGAAGCGUUGAGGGUGGAGCGCGGGGUGGAGGGGUUGUUUACGCAUGAUUUGGUUGAGAUUGACGGGAACACAGCAAUCUUCGCGCGUCCGGACGGGCAGGAGAAGGUGCGGAGGAAGUUUGAUUUCUUGCAUGUUACGCCGAAGAUGGGGGCGCACAGGUUUGUGGCGGGGAGUCCGUUGGCGAAUGCCGCGGGGUAUGUGGAUGUGGAUGAUGCUACGUUGAGGCAUAAGAAGUUUGGGAACGUUUGGUCGGCCGGGGACGCGAGUAGUUUGCCGACUAGUAAGACGGCUGCUGCUAUUACUGCGCAGGCGCCGGUGCUGGUUAAAAACUUGGUGCAGGCGCUGGAAAGUAAGGGGGCGGAGGCGGAGCCGGGGUAUGAUGGGUACACGUCGUGUCCGUUGCUGACGGAGUAUGGGAAGGUGAUGCUGGCGGAGUUUAAGUAUGGGGGCGUGCCGAAGGAGACGUUUGGGGGGAAAGUUGGUGCGUUGGACCAGGCGACGCCGAGGAGGGCGUUUUGGUGGUUGAAGAAGGACUUUUUCCCGUGGGUGUAUUAUUCGGCCAUGGUUAAGGGGACGUGGGGGGGGCCUAAGGGGUGGUUGUAG